AGGCUCAGCUGAGCUCAGAGAUGUCCACAUAUUUCCGGGCUCUCCUCCUCCGGUGAUCUGUCGGUGUCCCUCUGGUUCCGUCCCGGGAUCCCGUCAGCUGGUCCGGUGUUUCUCUCAUGUGAAGCUGCAGCUCAGCGUCCAACAGGAGACAUGAGAGCCGGGAGCCCGGUGCUGUCUGCGGGCAGGAGGACGGGGAGCAGCGGCACUCUGAGCCCGAGCCGCCGGAGCCUGCGCUGCCCUCUGCGGGGCUUCUCCCGGAACAAGAGCCCGGCGGCGGCGGCGGCGGCGGAGGAUGACCCGCAGGUCCCGGAGCUCCUGCUGCAGGACAUGAACCUGUGUUACCGGCUGCUGCGGCAGCUGGUGCCCGGUCUGCCGCCCGGACGGGCCGCCAGCAGGGUGGAGAUCCUGCAGCACGUGAUCGACUACAUCCUGGACCUGCAGACCGAGCUGGACGCCUCCUGCCCGGCCGGUGACCGCGGAGAGCCGCAGCGGGGGGAACCGCUCCACCGUGACCGGCCACAGCAGCGCCAACAGCGGCCACAGAGCGGCCGCAGCUCCGGUACCAACAGCCGCACCUGCCAGUCCAGCGAGUUCCCCGAAACAGACUGAGGUCGAGGUGAGCCGGACUCUGCUGCACUGACGUGGUGUUUGAAACAAGACGAGGACCGAACACCAACAUCUGUUUCUUUUUCUUUACCAGCUCGGAGUUUCCUGGAGGUCGACUUCUUCUUCUUCUUCUUCUUCUUCUUCACGUUCACUCAGUUUCAGUCUCGGGAGACGAUCAGCAUCAACUCAGAGAAGAAACACCAGACUCCUUUUGACAUUUCUAUCCAAUCUAGACGUCUUUAUUUAGUCCUGAUGAGACUGAAACCAGCAUGUUGGGGGGGCUUCAGCUCAUCAGGAUCUGGACUCUUCACUGACAGAUGGUCUCAUGUUGUGUUUUAAAUUCACUGACGACGCAUCGGCUGGCAGCUAAAAUCCACAUUUUUGACACCAAGUCUGGUUUGGAUGAAGUGUGGAUUAAAUCUUUGUCUGCAGAGCUCCUUAACUUCCUGUCUGUUGAGCUGCACUUCCUGUUUGAUUAUCAAAAUAAGGCAAAAAUCAGACAUGUCAGUAACGUGAAUGAAACUUUAUUGUGGUAUUUUCCAACAUGUCUGAUUCACCAAAUAAUUUUUUUAGCUCACAUUUGAACUCUUUAAACUGAACUGAACAGGAAGAGGAAACACUCGCAGCAUAGGCUCUUCAAAGUAAAAGUCAGGGGAAAGUGUUCAGUGUGAUCUUAUUUAUUAUCAGGUUUUGGGAUUACUUUUUUUUUGUUUUUGUUUUUUUAAUUUGCCAUAACUUAACAUUUUGAAAUUUUUUGACGACUCUUACUUUGACGAGUGUGAAAGCUUCCUCCUUGUGACUAACAGUUUUCGGCUACGUCAGUAUCGAUGCUUCUGUUUGUCUCAUUUUGGACGUAAUUUUCCUGCAGAUCUGAAUCAUGUGACAGGAAGUCGACUGAGAGGCUACAGGACUCUUAUUCUGAAAACAAAGCACUUCCUUUAGCUAAGAGGACCUUUUAUUGUGACAGGAAGAAGUCUGUGUUUCCUGUUCUGGAUUAAAGUUUGAACUGUAAAAGUUAAUUUUAUUGAUGUACAUCCUCCAAAUAUUAUGUAAACUGCACUUUUAUACAACUAAUAAAUUAAACUGUAUAUAAUCA